UAAAAAAAAACCUUUUUCUUUCCUCCGAUGCGUUUACCUUUUCCUUUCGUUCUCCGCCGACGCCACUCUCGGCCUGAGUCGGCGACGGCUGGGCGAGCGGACACCCUUGGCCAGGUCUUCGCCGCCGCUGAGCAUCACACACACAGGUCUAGGUACUGUCUUUAUACGCUUGGCUGAAGAAAUUGGUUGUUGUUAGAAUGAAGAACAAGACAAGUAGGAGCUUACAGAAGUCGGGGAGGGGUAGCCAUGUCCAAGGUGAAGGGCCAAACUGGGUUCUUGUUGCAGGGGGCGUUUUGCUUAGUACACUUUCAAUCAGGCUUGGGUGCAAACUAAAGCAGUUGUUUGAUGGGAAGCAGCAAAAUAAUAUUAAUACUUCCAAAGCUAAAAGAAGGCCUGAAGCAUGUGAGCUGCACUCGAACCUCCACCAGUUCAGUGACCAAACUGGCUGCUGCUACUGUAUUUCAGGACUUGCAGAUGGUGGAGUGCAAGUCAAGCAAGCACCUGCAAGUACUGUACCCAAAUCAGUUGAACCCUCACUUCCACUUGUCAAGAUACAUGCGCCAGAAUCAAGCAAAGAGAACUGCGACGUUAUGUGGAUAUCGUCGCCUGAUCAGCUUGAAGCUUCUCGAAGACCAUUUCAGUACUCUAACAGUUCUGGCUCUCCAUGUGUUUCAGAAUCAGGGUCUGACAUCUAUAGCAAAAGAGAGGUCAUACAGAAGCUGAGACAGCACCUCAAGAAACGCGAUGAGAUGAUCAUGGAGAUGCAAGCUCAGAUUGCUGAUCUUAAGAAUUCUCUAAACAUUCAGGUGAUACAGUCCACCAAUCUGCAAUCUCAGCUGGAUGCUGCCAAUCGAGAUCUGUUUGCAUCUGAGCGAGAGAUCCAGCAUCUGAGGAAGAUUAUUGCAGAUCAUUGUGUUGCAGAGGCACUCUCUCAUGAGAAACCUUUGCAAGCUGGACAUUGCUGGCAGUUAGAUGAGACAAAUGGUCAUCCCAAUGGUUAUGCCGAUGAUGCUGACCUGCAUUGUGUUGGCAUUGAGAAGAGGAAGGGAGAGGUAGAGAGGGUGGAUAUGCUCAAGAAAGAGGUUGUUGAACUGAAGGAAGUAAUUGAGGGAAAGGACUUUGUGCUUCAGAGCUACAAGGAACACAAGGUGGAACUCUGCUCAAAGAUCAGGGAUCUGCAGGAAAAGCUCUCAGCACAAGUGCCAAUCAUCUUAUAGGACCUAUGAAUGAUGCUUUUUAGAAGAAUGAACCUACAUAUAUUGUUGCCAUGUCCCAUGAGUGGGAGGGUCCCGCUUCGACGAGGAUUGCAGGAGAAGCUCUUGCAGAAUGCUUCUCUUUUCAUUUGAGGGGAACUUUGCAUAAUGUUAGUCUUUGCUUUCAUAACUCAUAACAUUAGGCUGGCUUUGCUUUCUUCCUUUUUCGAUAUCUGGCCCUUAGUUUCUCGUAGACUACAAGGGGUUCUUUUUCUCGUUUUAGGCCUAGGGUAACUCAACUGAACUUCACACUCAAAUUACUGUACAGGUUAUAUUUUGUCAAGCCAUCGCAGUUGAGUUUUGAGUGUUGGUCCUUGGAGAGUUGAAAUGUAUGGUCGAUGACAUUUCUACAGCGAGAUCUGGUAGACCUAUUUGUGGCAUCACCCUUUGUCUGUGAUUCCGUCAGAUUAAAAAGAGAGUUCAAUCGAAAAAUCAGUGAU